AUGGGUCAAGACAACCCCGUUGAAACUGUCCAUCUGGAGGCUACUCCGGUGACGAUGGAUCCCACCGAUAUAAAGAAGUCUGAGCACCCCGAUGAAGUCUCCGGAUCUGUUGUGGGUCUGAAAGUGGCUCUUACGAGUUACCGAAAUGCUAUGCUAUAUAGUCUGUUCUUCUGUUUCUCUGCUAUUCUCUGGGGUUACGACAUGCAGGUCAGCGGAGGCCUUCUUGGCGCUCCUGAGUUCCGCGCAGUGUUUGGAUACACCCAGGCUGAUGGUACGACCAUCCUCCCGGCGCAAUGGCAAGCUGCUUUCAACAUGAUCGCCACGGUUGGUGGAAUGGGUGGAAGUCUGCUCUGUGGUCCUAUCUCGCCUUACGCAGGUCGGAGGAUGACUUUGACCAUCGCAUGUGUCAUCUCCAGUGGCUCCAUCUUCUUACAAUUCUUUGCGUUCACUCGAGGUGUUCUCCUCGCUGGAAAAUUGAUCAACGGAAUCGCACUUGGCAUGUUCCUCGUCACUGCGUGUGCCUACUGUUCUGAAGCCUGUCCUGUCGUGCUUCGCGGAAUCACAAUUGCCAUGGUCAAUCUCUUUGUUGUCGUCGGUCAGCUCCUCGGAAAUUGUCUCAUCAAGGCUUUUGGUGGCCGAUCAGACACUUUUGCCUACAGAAUUCCCUUUGCAUUCCAGUGGAUUUUCCCGGCGAUCCUUCUCACUGGUGUGUGGUUCUGCCCUGAAUCACCAUAUUGGUACGUCCAAAGGGGCAAGCACACCGAGGCCAAGAAGUCCCUCGAACGAUUCCAGACUGGCGGAAGCAUUGAUUCUUGGCUCAUUGAGAUCCAAGAAACAGUUCGCAUAGAAGAAGAAUCAGCAUCGUCUGCUGGCUAUUUGGAUUGUUUCCGUGGAACUGAUCUGCGUCGUACCCUAAUUGUUAUGGCCGUUUGGACUAUCAACUCUUUCAGUGGUGUCAACUUUGUGCUCAGCUACUCAACCUACUUCUUCCAAAUCGCUGGCAUACCUACCUCUUCAUCAUUCAACAUGGGCGUUGGUGUGACUGCAGUUGGUGUCCUCGGAAACAUCGGCUCGUGGUGGGUCAUCAAUACUAUCGGUCGCAGAGCUCUCUUCCCUGGCAUGCUCAUUCUCACUGCGAUUCUCUUCAUCAUUGGCAUUCUCGAUGUUGUACCGGGUUACAACUCCUCCAUUGCCAUGGGACAGUGCGUAUUGAUUAUCGUCUGGAACUUCUUCUAUGAUCUCACCCUUGGACCUCUUGGAUACGUGAUCUGCGGAGAGAUGUCUUCUACCCGGUUGAGGUCAUACGGCGUCAGCAUUGGUUUCUUCACACAAAAUUUCUGGACUUUGAUAAUGACGCUUACUGUGCCUUACAUGAUUAACCCCGAUGAAGGUAACCUCCGGGGCAAGACAGGAUUCAUCUUUGGUGGAUUUUCAAUCAUUGCCUGUAUUUGGACUUACUUCUGCUUGCCUGAGACCAAAGGCAGGACCUUUGAGCAGUUGGAUCAUAUGUUUGAGCAGAGGAUCUCGGCACGCAGAUUUGCCGAGUAUGACCAAAGACCACACGAAGGAUAA